ACAGCUCUGAAGAAGCUCCGCGAAGCCGCCAACGGCAACGACCUGGACACAGUGCAGCAACUCCUGGAGGAUGGGGCCGACCCCUGCGCGGCGGACGACAAGGGCCGGACAGCCCUGCACUUCGCCUCCUGCAACGGCAACGAUCACAUCGUGCAGUUGCUUCUGGACCACGGGGCUGACCCAAACCAGAGAGAUGGACUGGGAAACACUCCCUUACAUUUGGCUGCCUGCACGAACCACGUUCCUGUCAUCACCACGCUGCUGCGCGGAGGGGCCAGAGUUGAUGCCUUGGACCGAGCUGGCCGAACCCCCCUGCACCUGGCGAAGUCGAAGCUCAACAUCCUGCAGGAAGGACUCUCCCACAGCCUGGAGGCCGUGCGCCUUGAAGUGAAACAGAUUAUCCAGAUGUUAAGGGAAUACCUGGACCGCCUAGGGAGGCAUGAGCAAAAGGAGCAGCUGGAUGACCUCUGCUCCAAGCUACAGAUGACCAGCACAAAAGAGCAGGUGGAUGAGGUUACAGACCUGCUGGCCAGCUUCACCUCGCUCAGCCUGCAGAUGCAGAAGAUAGAGAAGAGGUAACAGGCUUCCAGGCUAGCUCCCUGAUCCGAAAGGAGAUGCCUUAGAGAGACAGAGAGGAAGCUAGAGCUUGCUUCCUAGCUGGCUGGAUGAACGUUGCUGCCACUGGCCGUGCCUGCUUGACCCCCUUUCUGGGUGGUAUUCAGACUGUCCCUGUGCAGCUGUGUCAUGGGCUGGCAGUGAACUUUGGACAAGAGAGAGACUUCUGAAGAAAGAAGAGAAGAAAAAAACCCCAAAACCUUUUUAUCAGAUGACAUUGAGUAGGAUGCCCUUUUCAAAGGCACUUCACCUUCUCCUAAGCUCUCCACAGUGUAGGUGGUGGCAGGUGCCAUGUGAGGUCACAAGUCCUGGCUAGUGCCCUCAGCAGCUGGCUCGCCUCACAGAUCUUCUUGGGACAGGCUUCUUUUGCCACCGUUGCAGUAUGAAGUUGCACAGGGUGGAGGUUGGAAGCCUUGGACAACAGCAGACUUUGUGCGACGGGGGUAACACACACGGAAUGCUGCUGUCUGGCAGCUGAGCAAACAUACUGCCCUUAGAAACAAGGUCAGAGACUUAAUUCUAACCUUCUCCAGAGCCUACAGUCAGAGGGAGAGMAUUUAUCUGGUAAUGAAUGGGGUAGAAAGCUUUUAAUCACUAGACUAACAGCUUGUACUGACCCUGCUUUUUAAACCAGUGCUUCAAGUUAGUGCUUAAAUACUACAGUGAAAUACUUGUCAGAAGUACCCAGGCAGGCAGUUAGCCCAUAAUCGCUACCCUGAUGCAAGGAUGUGGUUUUGGGGGUGGUUUACUCCUCAUGCAGGUUUAGGCAUCUUGCAGAGAACACCCCCAAAACUGAGUUGCUGUUUCUCGUUACUGGCGGGCUCAGGCUGGAGGACCAGUGGCUACAGGAAGUGUUUUGUACCCGGCCAUGUUCUUGGGCUGAGGUGGAUUUAUGGCUGUCUUAGCAGCAUCAAACCCAGAGGUGACCCCCGUGCCGUGUUUCUUGCCAGCCCUGGAGAUGGGUUCAGCUCUGUGGUUCAGCUAUGACCUCUACUGGAAGCCCGAGGUGAUGCUGCUGUGAAAGAUGCAGGGGACUCCUGUUGCUCCUCUCUUGCUUCUGCUCCAUCAAGAUGACUAAUGAAGAAAUGGGCAGCUUAGUAAUGGAGCAGGGGUCUGUGAUAUCUUUCAAGCAGGGCCUAGCUGGCAGCAGGAUGACAAGAAUACAGCUAGUAGCAAUGUGCAUUCCCAUCKGUGUACUGCACUCAAAUGACUUGGUCUGCUCAUAGUGUUACCCAUCCCACAGCUUAGGAUUUAUCAGUUUKGAAUACCCUUUCUUAGGAUAAUCUUACAUCAGCCACAGUUCAGAACAUUCUUCAGAGACCAUCAGGUCAGUUGGCCCCACUUUGUCCAACGACUGAUCCUUUACUCGUCCAGGAACUGAAUUAACUUGACCUGCAUGUUCAAAGCCGAGAUAGCAGGAACGGACUUGGUUUUAGACAGGCCAGCCCAUGGGU